AUGUUCACGUGUUGUAAGACAGGACAAUAUUAUGAUCAAUAUCGAUGCUCUCCUAGCUCAGCUAUACUCACGGUGAAUAGUUUCGAAGAAGACAGAGAUGGUGGUGGUGCAGAUACAUGCUAUGGAGCUUUUUAUCCUGAUACACAGCGUGUUUUCGCCUUGUCAACAGGAUGGUUCAAUGGAGAGUCACGAUGUGGAAAAACUAUUACUAUUCAUGGUAAUGGUAAGACAACAAUAGCACUGGUUGUUGGUGAAUGCGACUCAGUAAAUGGAUGUGAUGCAGAACAUGCUGGACAACCUCCGUGUCAUCAUAAUAUUGUUGACGGAUCUCCAGCUGUUUGGAAGGCACUAGAUGUAUCUAAGAGCGAUUCACGAUAUGGAGAGAUGACUAUUUCAUGGAAUGAUUAA